AUGUCAGAUUCAUAUUGUUUAGGUUUCGUACCUGAAAUUCUCGUUAAUAAUUGCUUCGAGCGCAUUUCAAUAGGUGAGCAGUUGCCCUUUGACGCCAUCUACCGUAAUAUAUCGGAGCUAACAACUAAAGAAUGUGAGCAAAUCUGUAAACAAGACAAGCAGUGUCAAUCCUAUGACUAUGGCGUGGGAGCGAAGGGCAAUGCUACGUGUAACCUCAGCACUUUAAGCGAAAAAGAAAUAAAAGAUAAAAGUCUUUUACACCGACAUCCAGAUUACGAUGUGUAUGUCCGAAGAUUUCAAUGUGAACAAUCUCCUCCAACCCCUAUACAAGCUGAAUUUGAUGACCCUGAUGGAUUAUUACAUAGGCCGACACUGAAACCUAACAAUGAUCCCAAAAAACCAUUAUCGGAUGAGUUGCCAGAUGAUUUGGAGUCUUAUGGUAACAGCAAACCAGAUAUUAAACCAUCAUAUAACAACGAAAGGCCCGACGAAUAUGUUAAUUCCAAACCAGAUUACGAUAAUUCUCCAAGCUAUGGCGUCCAUAAACCUCAAGAUAUUCCGUAUGCACCUCAAAAACCUCAAAAUAACUUAGUAAAUACUAAACCUGAUCCUUAUGACGUGUUACAAUUACAAAAUCCAUACGAAAGACCAAAUUCACAAGGAAGUUGGAGACCGCAAGAAAUGUAUGGUCAUAGACCGACGCGUCCUAAUUAUGGCCUUGAUCUUUACCGACCAGAAAUGCCUCAGUAUCAAUACGUAAUAAGACCAAACAGAAAACCUUAUCAACAAUUUUCACGGCCCGAUUUUGAUGUUGGAUAUCAAAACAAACCUGAUUAUCCUAGUAAACCCGACCCGUACGGACAAAAUAAUUUCAAUCAUCCAUCAGAUCCUAUAAUACCAUCUAAAAGACCAUUUAAGCCUAGUAAACCAAGUGGUUAUCCUACAAAACCAUACGAUGAACCCAAUAAUAGUUACAACAGUCAGUAUGCUAGUAAUUACGGCAACCAGUAUCAAGAUAACUCCAUAUAUUUGGAAAUCAAGGACCCACCACGGCCCUACAAACCUUUAUAUGAUUCAAAUAGACCUAAUUAUGGAAUCAACCAAGGGAAUUACGACUAUGGGCAUCUUGGUUAUGGUUAUGAUACGUACUCUAAUCAAAAUUCUUUAUCCCAUUUACAAAGUAGUCAGUCCCAAUAUUAUGAUUCCGGAACUGUACUUCACGGUAGUAAUUAUCGCCCAAAUCAAGGACCUGCCCACGAGCCUUCUAAACCUUACACGGAUAAUCAAAGCUCUAUUUAUGGUCAGUCUGCAUAUAACUCUAAUAAUGUAUUAAGACCACAAUCUACAAGAAAACCUCUCAACUCUAAUAAAAAACCAUCUUAUGAAAGUAGCUAUAGUUCAGAAGGAAUCACUGAUGGGUAUGGAAUUUCUAGUCAAGGUUAUGGUACUAAUGAUAACUAUCUUAGUAAUAGUCAUGCGCAUGCUGGAAAUGAUAACUAUGAAAGCAGUAGCCAAAGUAACUAUGGCAACAAACCUAACUCAAAUAAAAAGCCACAUAAUAAUAAUCAUGCGUAUGCAAGUAGUUCUGACGGGUAUUACGGUGAAAAUGAUCAGUUAUCAAUUAACAAACCUUAUGGUGGCAACCAAGGGUAUGGUGUUUCAAAUCAAAAUUAUCAUAAUGAAGCUCAAGUUUCAUAUGGCCCUAAUAAUAAACCAUAUAAUAAUCAUCAAGGACAUGAUAGUCAAUCGAUUAAUAAGCCUUAUGGCAGCAGUCAAGUACUUGGAGGUUCCGAUCAAAGUUACCUUGGUAAUAAUUAUGCUUCAUACGGCUCUCUUAAUAAGCCCUAUGGCAGCAAUCACGAAUAUGGAAGUAGUAAUCACAACAAACCCAGCUAUGAUGGUGGUAGUCAGACUUCCGUCGAUAAACCGUACGUUAGCGGUUCAGGGUACGGAAGUGGUAAUCAGAACUAUUACGGAUCAUACGAUGAAAAUACCCAAUCAUCGAGUAAUAAGCCGUAUGGUGGAAAUCAAGGAUAUGGUGGUACAAGUCAAAGUAAUCACGGAUCUUACGGUUCAGACAAUAAGUUACAAGGGAGUACCUCAAUAUACGGAAAUAACAAUAAAAAACCCAAUGGUGUAUCUUCCUAUAAACCUUAUGAAGAUGGAUAUGAAAACUCUAGUGGAUACAACAGCAAUUCUGCUACAUACGGCAAUAUUUAUUCCUCUAGUAAUAAGCCUUAUGAGAGUAGUCAAGGCUAUGGAGGACAAACUAGUGACAGCAAUAAUUCCGAUUCCUAUGGCAGCAGUCAGAUUAAGAAAAAGCCAUAUGGUGGCACACAUGGACAUAAUGGAAAUUCUGGAUAUGGCAGUAACCACGCAUCAUAUGAUAAUGACUCCUCAGAAUAUGAUAGCGCAGCUAGUUACGGAGAUCAGACUCAUAGCCCAGGUUACAACAGUGGUCCUUCCUAUAGUGGCAAUCGUCCUAUAAGUAGCCAGUCUUCCUAUAACAACCAGCAAAAUCUUCAAAAUUCAUUUGAAUCUAGUUAUAACAAACCAACAGGAAGUGUUGGCUAUCAAAAACCAGGGAACCAGGCCAGCUACAGUCCUGGCUACGAUCCGGACAGACCAGAUGUUAAACCAGUUUACGAAUACGAAAUAGAUCGACCUGGUGAUGUACCAAGUUAUAUCGCUAGACCUAAUGGAGAUGUUAUUACUUCAAGACCAGUUGCGGUUGGUGACUAUGGGGAAAAGCCUGGGUAUAGACGUAAUACGGGUGAAGAAAUUUCUUAUAAAGCAUGUUUCCGCCGGGUUUUGGCUGGAAGACGGACACUAAGGAGCUAUGUCAGAAGAGUGGUCAACUGUGAGCGGCUUGAAGACUGUCAAAGAGAAUGUGCGACAGAACAACGCUUCCACUGCGAAAGUUUUAAUUACAGACUGGAUCCAACAUUCCGCGGCAAAGGCCUCUGUGAACUAAUGACUAAACCCAUAGAAGCUUUCGAUCUUCGACGUGACUUUGUUGAAGAUAAAGAUUACGAUUUUUAUGAACUUGACAGAAACAGCUUGGAACCUAAUUGUCCAGAAACUCUCAGAGGUCCCGGGUUAUUACAUUCGGGUUUUUUAUCCUCUAAGAGACCUCUAGAGACUGUGGAUCGAUGGAAAGAUAGAAUAGAUUGGUAUGACAAAAGUUCUAAAAGUGACUAUGAAAGAUACAAUAAUGAAAGGAGAACAUUAAUAAAUUCUAGUAGGAAAUACAACAAUCAAGUUUUUGUACCAUACCAAAUAGGGAUAAGCCGUAGCAACGAUAGUCCUGAGCCCUUGAGUCAGUAUGGCGGAUCAUAUGGAGGUGAUAAUUAUUACAAAGAUAAAACCAACUACCGUAAAUCCAUCAAUCACUGGCAGAUAGCUGACGAAGUCCUGCGUGCAAACUACUAUGGUGUUAAAUCUCAUGGACUGAACACAGAUUUUAACUACCACAGCUUGGGUAAAUCUAGUGAAUCAGAGGACGGCCAUGGUUACGGUUACGGUGCUUGGAAGAGGGGAAGAUGGAAUAGCUCUUGGAAUGGAUUGGAUUAUGAGGAAUCAGGACAUUACAAACACAGCAAGCCUCCUCAUUUAUAUUAUAAGUCUGAAGAUCGAAUAGACGAAACGUCCAUAAAAGAUUGUUCGUCACGGCGACGUCCCGGGAUGGCAUUGGGGUCUGGAGCAAUAAGACGAUCUCUGUUUGCACGCAAUGUAGUCGACUGCGAAGCGGCUUGCUUCGGAGAAAAAGAGUUUAAAUGCGUAUCCUACAGCUAUAGGUAUUCAAGUUCAGGUGGAUCAGACAACUGCUUCCUAAGCGAGCGACCAUACCGCGGAUUAGACAUGUCAGCGGAUAGUGACUCUGAUGUGUACGCCAUGCCUCAGGACCAGGGUUGUUCCACAAUUAGCAGAAAGCCUUGGAUUGAAAGUGAGUGCUUCUGGCACGUGCGCUCUGACGCGGCGGUGGAAGGCAGUGCGGCGCGCGCCUCGCUCACUGUUACAGGCCUCGGCGCCUGCGAAGCCGAGUGCAUACGAGCGCAUGCUUUCUUUUGCCGCGGAUUUAGUUUCAGGUUUGACUCACCAACCAUAGGCGACGACUUGGAAAACUGCAUACUCACAUCAUCUCCGCCAACUUCGCUGGAAGUUGGACGAGGACUUCGCUCAACCAUUGGUCAUGAACUUUACGCACGGGGAAACUAUGGCCGCGGUUGUGAACCUGCGCUAUAUGAUGAUGCGCAGCAUCGUGAAGCAGAAUGCUACUUGCAAUACGAUAUGGCCGCUAAGCUGAAAGGUUCUGCAGUGCGAGGUCAAGCGAGAGUGAAAGAUGAACAGGAAUGCGGACGUGCUUGUACGGAUGCGCCUUUCAGAUGUCUCAGUUUUUCAUUCAAUAAUCAUGCCCACCCCGAAGCAGACAAUUGCUUGCUCUCUGAGAUCCGUCUAUUCGAUUUACAACGUGGAGUAGACUACGAGCAAUCUACUGACGAUUGGUUGUUUGCUUUCGAUUUGUUUAAUGGACAGUGCUGGAGGAAAGUGAACCGCAAGCAACACUAUGACGCUCCAAGUUACGAAUUGCCUCGCCCGCUUCCACCAUCAGUGUUAGAAUAUCCAGUUUCAGGACCAAGUGGUACAGAUCUGGUUGACCCACCAGACUUACCUUACCCAUCAGCUUUAGGUCCAAGUGGACCCGGUUUUAAACCUGGAUAUCCAACUGGACCCGAGCCACCAGAGCAUAAGCCCAGUUACAACCCACCAACUGGUCCUGGCUUCAAGCCAAGUUAUUCACCAGGACAUUUAGCCGACACAGCCUACCCAGGACCAAGUGGUCUCGAUUACAAACCUGGAUACCGACCGUCAAGCUCCAGUUACUUAGAACCGAGUAUACCAGAUUAUCCACCUCCUCCUCCUUUUAAGCCUACUAUUGCUAAACCACCUGCAUAUGUACCUUCACCGCCAAGUGGAUCUGAUUAUAUACCUGGGUAUGUCCCAACUUCUCCUAGCGUAUCUGGUUAUAAGCCUGGAUAUGUGCUGAUUGAAUACGAUCGACCACAUCUUCCACCAUCACCGAAACCAGUGUCCAGACCAGGUCAAAACAGGCCAAGCUAUCAGGGCGAUCGGGAAGAGAAUGGACCAACUAUUGUGUCGUGGCGCCAUUAUACGGUGUCAGGUUAUCCUUGUCGUCGGGGAACAACCUGUGCUCAAAAUCAUGUCGCCGGUCACUGGGCUUGUGAACUUGAGGGCGGGGAAAUAGGUUCUUGGGAUUACUGCUGCGCUCCAGAACAUCGCUGCGGAUACAGCGAAGGAUUUCAAAAGCCAUGGUGUUACGUUGGUCCGUCCCACGAGCAGUGGCGUCCGUGCAGUGAAAAAUAUUAUCCUUAUUACAAGCAUAAAGUGCCUCACCCUUCGCAAGGACGUAGAGAAGUUAAUGUUCCUCGACCCACGGGUCAGUGGCGUGACAAACCUGCGAAUAUACCUAUUGAGAGAGAGAAAUUGCCCGGACCAUAUCUGCCCGAAGCCGAUAAAACAUAUUGGGAUAACCUAUAUAAAAAUGGACCACAGGCUUAUUACGAUUCGCUUGGAAAUCCCUUGCCAGGAUACACCCGUGUACCAACAGAAGAGAGACCUCGAAUUAAGUAUCGACACAACCCUGCCAAUCCAGGUAGUGGAACUUGGGUACCGGUUCCAGAAUUAGAUUCACACAAUAAUCAUUUAGUCCCAGGACCGCUUGGAGUUCCUAGAUAUUGGCCAGUAGCUUAUCUCCAUAAAGAACCACCUCCAAAUAUGACUUAUUUUAGAUAUAACGAAACAGAUAAUGCAUCUUAUGAUAAAAUUCAGUCGCGAGAAAACGAAGACUCCGUAGUUUUAUCCACAGAACGUGUAACAUCUGAAUCUAAAAAAGUGGAUGUGAUCAAACCUAAAUUUACCGAUAUAGAAGGCAGAAAUAUAAGACAUAAACCAAUAGAAAAUAAUACAAACAACGAGGAAAAUAUUUUACAUUUAGACACUGGUGCUUUAACUAAUACAACUACUACCACCACUACAACGACUUCUACUACAACAACGACUACUUCAAUUCCUACAACUGAAAUUAAUCAUUUAAGUAAUGUAAGUGAUACUUUCAAAGACAUGUCAAAAGGUAACAUUACGGAAACAGAACUGCAAAAUCCAGAAAAUGUACAAAUUAUUGAAGACUUUGAAAACAUAAAAGGCAUAGAUGGUAAAUUAGAGGAUUUCUCAAAGUCUAUAGAAGUAUUUAAUUUAGAAGAUGAAAGUAAAUGUGAUAAAAUGCACAACAUUAAAGCUUUGGAGGAGGAAAGACAAAUUGAAGCAAUUGGAAGGUUAUUAGCUUCACGUCGUGGUGGAAAACUUAUUCUUGAAAAAUAUUCUCAAAAAGAUUUGGAGAACGAACACAUUGCUGUUGGUAAAGAUUUAUUAGAGUUUAAUUUUGGAAAUAAAUUUCCUACAACUGAAAGACGUGGUAUUGUUCAAAGAGUUAGUAAAGAGGAUAUAGCCAAGGAAAUAUUUUCUAAUGACAAAAGCUUGGAAGUAAGUGAGACGACGUUUAUUAGACCCCCUCGUGUUCUCAGUACUACAGAGAACAUACGUAAAGCAAUUGUAAAUGGAAAAGUAUUUUAUGAUGCUAUGAUAAGAGAACAAACAGAUUUACUCUCUAAUUUAACGAGAAAAGCCAAAAAUCUAAAAUUAGAAGAAACAAAAGGUCCAUCAGUUGUUUUAAAUAAUACAUUUUCAAAAAGGAAAAUUCUACAACCAAGAAACGUGAAUCCUGUAAGGAAGGUAAGACGAAUAUAUAGAAAAAGAUACAACCCAGACGAAGUGAGAAAGAGAUUAUUAGAAAGAGAAAAAAGUUUGAAACAAUCAACUAAUACAACAACAAAUAACAGUUAA